GCACGGCGAGGGCGGCAGCACUGCACGCGGGCACGGAGGAGAGCAGACGGGAGGAGGAGAGAAAGAACGGGCGAGGGCAAGACAAAAACGCAAGAGGAGCGAGCGGUAUUUGGUCCAGCUGCGGGAAAGCCCUGUUUCGCCGGCGGCUCCCUCCCCUGCAGCGGCUGCGAUGCUGCCAGCCACGGCGCUGCCCUGGACGUUGCUUUUCCUCGGAGCCGCAGCCUCUCUACAAGUGGAUAUUGUUCCAAGUCAGGGAGAGAUCAGCGUUGGAGAAUCCAAGUUCUUCUUAUGUCAAGUGGCAGGAGAAGCCAAAUACAAAGACAUCUCCUGGUUUUCCCCUAACGGUGAGAAGCUGACACCCAACCAGCAGCGCAUCUCAGUAGUGCGGAAUGAUGACUUCUCUUCCACCCUCACCAUCUACAACGCCAACAUCGAUGACGCUGGCAUAUACAAGUGCGUCGUCAGCAGCGUGGAGGAGGGAGACUCUGAGGCCACCGUCAAUGUGAAAAUUUUCCAAAAGCUAAUGUUCAAGAAUGCCCCCACCCCUCAGGAAUUCAAGGAAGGAGAUGAUGCUGUGAUUGUGUGUGAUGUGGUCAGCUCGCUGCCUCCCACCAUCAUCUGGAAGCACAAAGGCAGGGAUGUUAUCCUAAAGAAAGAUGUCCGAUUUAUAGUCCUGUCCAACAACUACCUGCAGAUCCGUGGAAUCAAGAAAACAGAUGAAGGGACAUACCGUUGUGAGGGCCGGAUCUUGGCUCGGGGAGAGAUCAACUUCAAAGAUAUUCAAGUCAUCGUAAAUGUGCCUCCUUCUGUGCGCGCCAGACAGAGUGCUAUGAAUGCCACUGCCAACCUCAGCCAGUCUGUCACCUUAGCAUGUGAUGCAGAUGGCUUUCCUGAGCCAACCAUGACGUGGACAAAGGAUGGAGAGCCGCUAGAGCAGGAGGACGACCGAGAGAAAUACAGCUUCAACUACGAUGGCUCUGAGCUCGUCAUCAAGAAGGUGGACAAGAGUGACGAAGCAGAGUACAUCUGCAUUGCCGAGAACAAGGCUGGCGAGCAGGAUGCCACCAUUCACCUCAAAGUCUUUGCCAAACCCAAAAUCACAUAUGUGGAGAACAAAACAGCCAUGGAGCUGGAGGAGCAGAUCACACUGACCUGUGAGGCGUCUGGGGACCCAAUCCCUUCCAUUACGUGGAGAACUUCCACCCGGAACAUCAGCAAUGAAGAAAAGGCUUCGUGGACCCGGCCCGAGAAACAAGAGACCCUGGACGGGCGCAUCGUAAUACGUAGCCAUGCCCGGGUGUCGUCCCUGACGCUUAAGGAAAUUCAGUACACAGAUGCCGGAGAAUAUGUAUGUACAGCCAGCAACACCAUCGGGCAGGACUCCCAAGCCAUGUACCUCGAAGUGCAGUAUGCGCCCAAGCUUCAGGGCCCUGUGGCCGUCUAUACCUGGGAAGGGAAUCAAGUGAACAUCACAUGUGAGGUAUUUGCUUAUCCCAGCGCUGUCAUCUCCUGGUUCCGGGAUGGUCAGCUGCUUCCUAGCUCAAACUACAGCAACAUCAAGAUCUACAACACUCCCUCAGCAAGCUACCUGGAGGUGACCCCAGACUCUGAAAAUGACUUUGGAAACUAUAACUGCACUGCAGUGAAUCGCAUUGGCCAGGAGUCCUCGGAGUUCAUCCUCGUGCAGGCAGAUACUCCGUCCUCUCCUUCCAUUGACAGAGUGGAGCCCUAUUCCAGCACCGCCCAGGUGGAGUUUGACGAGCCUGAAGCUACCGGUGGGGUGCCCAUCCUCAAGUACAAAGCAGAGUGGAGGGCUCUGGGCGAGGGAGAAUGGCGCUCCCGGUUGUAUGAUGCAAAAGAAGCCAGUGCGGAGGGCACGAUCACCAUCACUGGCCUGAAACCUGAGACAACCUACUCGGUGAGACUCUCUGCCGUCAAUGGCAAGGGUGUGGGUGAGAUUAGCCUGCCAUCCGACUUCAAGACACAGCCAGUUCGCAUCCCUCAUUCACAAGGGGAACCCAGUGCACCCAAACUGGAAGGUCAGAUGGGCGAAGAUGGAAACUCCAUUAAAGUGAAUGUUAUCAAGCAGGAUGAUGGUGGCUCCCCAAUUAGACAUUACCUGAUCAAAUACAAAGCUAAGCACUCUUCGGAGUGGAAACCGGAGAUCAGACUUCCCUCGGGCAGCGACCACGUCAUGCUCAAGUCCCUGGACUGGAACGCAGAGUACGAGGUCUACGUGAUAGCCGAAAACCAGCAAGGGAAGUCCAAGCCCGCGCACUAUGCUUUCCGAACGUCUGCUCAGCCUACUGUCAUUCCAGCGACCUUGGGAAGUCCAUCAACGUCGUCCUCCUUUGUUUCAUUGCUUCUUACUGCAAUGACUCUCCUUUUGCUCUGUUAGACACUUGAAACAAAAUACAGCAAUAUUUGCUUUAAAAGGCCUGUCUCCUAUCGAGGCGAGGGAGCAAAUUGGCUUUGCAGGAUUGUGGCAGUUCAGAGAAAAAAGGAAAAAAAAGGCAAAGCAUAAAACCAAGACAUUCUUUUAUCUGAAAGCGUCAAUAUUUUGUAACAAAGGGUAGAAAAGAUUUAAGCCAAGAGUUUUCUCUUCAGUUUUGUUGCGGUUGUCGUCCUUACCUAAAGUGAUUUUGCCCUUUUUAAUGGAUGUAAAGCGAUUUUGUUUGUUUGUUUGCUUUAUUUUGCAUCAUAGGAAGUUACGGUAUGUAAGCCCUUAAGAAAUGCUGGUGUUUGCAGAUUUCAGCACACAUGUAGCACUGAUCUUCACUGUUUAUGGUGAAAAACAUGUCUAAAGCCUCAUCCACAGAUUUCAACCCACCGACUAAAGGGAAAAAAGAAAACUUGUCAGAGAGAAACAUAUUGGUUGCCCAAAUAGCUUUGGCAGCUUUUGCGUUCAGAUUUAAGGGCCGUCGGAAGGUUUUCCUCAUGGAGUCUCCUGACCAAAAAGAUCGUGGUAGGAAUCCCACGUAAGAGUUUCCGUUCUUCCUUUUACGUGCUAGAAUCCUUGGAAUUUCCUUGGCCCCUCAUGUGGAGCGAAGUAUCCGUGGCCCGUGGGGCACUCUGAGCACAGUGCAGCCCCGGAGCACGCGCACUUGCAAGGGAUGCUUGUCUACCAUUCUGUCUCGUUUGGCACUGCUGGGUUGUCGCCUUCCCAGAGAGCUCCCUUUCUUUUCUUGCCCUGUGAACAGAAAGAUUAGCUGGGAUCGAGGAAGGUGACCAUCCCCAUGAUUACUAUUACUGGAGCUUCCUGCUUAACUGUGCAUGUGACACUGCCAGAUAGGGCUGAUCCGUGGUGUAAGUUCACCGAAUAUAAUGCAGUUUUGUCAUAAAGUCUUGUGUAUUGCGUUUCCUUCAACCAAUUGCACUUGGCUUUUUUUGUCUCUUUCUUGUCUUUGCUUAAAAAAGAAUUAUGCCUUUGUAAAUUGUCUUUGUUGCGGGAAAUCAGUUUAGCUCUGUUACUCCCUUGAGCUUGUACAAAGAUCUCCCUUGUUCUCUCUAAGUGGGCCUGACGUUGCAGAGAAUGACAUGGUAAAUGUAUUUUAGACACAGCUGUAAAGUACCUUUACAGAAUGUGUUGAAUAUUUUCAGUGCUCCUGGAUGGGAUUAAUCUUUCUUAAAAAAAAAAAAAAAAAAAAUCUAUUCUAAUUUGUUAGAUUAGAAUCUACAAAACAAGCACCAAAAAACCCUUGCCAUCUUGUCUAACUACGCAUUUUAUGGUUUGCACAGAAGUCUCUGUGUGCAGCGAGACCAUGAUAAUUUAUGACAUUCUCUCCUGGCUAAAUUAAAAAUGAAAAGGUUGUGCGAAGUGUUGCCACGUACAUAAGCAUGUGGAAUUCUUUCCCCUCAAAAACCCUGUCUUGCUCCCAAACCGUGUUUUUGUUUUUUUUUUUUUUUUCCCCCAGUCUUUCACGCUGUAGGUGAUAUAUUGCAACACAGACUUGCAUGGAAAAUGGCAGUGCUGCUUGGGAUGUCUCUUUAGACAAAAAGCUCAGAGUGCUGUAAAAGACUUUGAGACUGGAUUGUACCCCUUCAGAUGCAGAGGUGUAGCAUUUCACUGGAGGAGCUUUCCACAUGACAUCACCCUUUGGCAAGAGUGGCUGCAUAGCUGCAGCAGAAGUCACAGUAGCACAAACAAGCAUAGCUGCCUUCUCCGAGCAGCUUUUAGCUCACUUCCUGUUUCUUUCGUUUUGGAGCUUUCAUUCUGGUUUGUAGGCUCACGCUCUCAAAGUUUAUAACCUCCUUAAAACUUCAGUCGUAAAGGUUGUGAAAGUCUUCUCAAAGGCGUUUGCCACGUGGCAUAGAAGGCUGCUUGCAUCUUGCUUUUCUCUGCAAGAUGCUGAAGAGAAGAAAACUUCUAAAAAGAGGCACUCCCCGUCUUUGAAGGAUACUUCAAGCUUUGGCCAAUUAAACCUGCUGUUAGCACCCACGAGUGAUUUUUCUCGUUUUGUACUUUCUUUCUCUUCCAAUGCACCAAAUUACUUUCUGUUUAUUUUGUGUGUUGCUCUCUUCUCCCAAACAUUGCGGAACCUCAUGGAAGGCCUAGACCCUCAUGUGCUUCUGUUCCUCCCUUUUUCUUGCGUUUGCCUGUGCCGAAGCAUUCCCUAGCCGAGACUUCACAGGGUCCCACCAGGACAGGUGUCUGCAGAAUUGUAGGAAGCACAGCCUGGUCAUUGUGUUGUGCCCUUUAAGAUAAGGAUGUUUAGAAAGAUCCGCCUUGCAGGAAGCUCACGUUGCAUUGAAAAAUCACUUAUAUUUAAUAAAAGAAAUGAUUCAAUUCUUUGGAAUUAAGGACGCGAAGCUUUUUUAACAUUCUGUGUUCCCUUAGUUGACCUAUAGGCAUAUAGAGGUACUUUUUCUCUUGGUUCUAGCCAGAGCAAAACAGCAUAUUGCCAGGGAGUCUACAGCAUGCACGCAGUUACCCUUUACCAAGAGUAGUAGGGUGUACUCCACAUUUUUGGACAAGUCGUCAUCACCUGAAGUCAUGAAGUCGAAAUAGCCUCCUGAGGUUGCACAGACUCUGGAUCAGGUCAGCAAAGAGAGAUCUACCAUCCAUUUAUAUAGUAACGCUUAUCUGUGAGACACAUGCACAUAUAUACACACACAGUGUUAGUGUCUGAUGCUCUAUAACCGGACAGGUUACUUGUGUCCUAGUAUAGUUUCAUGCAGUUGUUCUAGGCCACACCAACCUAGUUAAACAGUAACACGAUUAAAUACAAAAUUAUUUCAGCUAUAGGAUGGUGAAGUAUUAACAUAAUAUCUAGGCAGCCUUUUCUGCAAUAGUGUUAAGUAAUCUGCGUAGCAUUCCUGUUUAGAAAGCACAGCAGAUCUCUGCUCAGCCAAAUCUGAUGGAGGGAAAAAAGUGACGUUCUGCUCCCAGUCUGGAAUUUCGCCCCUUUUCGAAGGGGCGCAGUUAUGCUUAUUUAGUUCAUUCUGCAUAACUUCAAAGACUUGUUAGCAUCCACUCCUGUUUGAACUAACGCAAAGCUGUUAGGAUAAAGGCCAAUGCCGUCUUGAUUCAAUGUUUUCCAUUUAACAGAACCUUAUGUCGGUGUUUAAGUACUUUAUCACUGUUAAAAUUCUAGACGUUUCUAGCGUAAACUCAUUUAGCUUUCGUUUCCGGCUUCUGAACCCAGCUUUUGAAUCU